UGAACCCCCCCACAACUCAUUCAUUUUCCCACCCCGCGAGUCUCCGUCACCCCAGAAACGUGUCUUUGUUGUGAAGUAAUUCCCCCAUUAGCAAAAAUCUCCUGGACAUGGAUAUGAAAAAAAGGAUUCACUUAGAACUUCGAAACAGGACUCCCUCAGACGUGAGGGAGCUGGUUCUGGAUAACUGUCGCUCUGAUGAGGGGAAGAUCCAGGGUCUGACUGCUGACUACGUGAAGCUGGAGUUCCUCAGUCUGAUCAACGUUGGCCUGACGUCCAUAGCCAAACUUCCCAAGCUGGUCCAGCUAAAGAAGCUGGAACUGAGUGAUAACAGAAUCUCAGGAGGACUGGAGGUUCUGGCAGACCAACUUCCCAACCUCACACACCUCAACCUCAGUGGCAACAAGCUCAAGGACCUGUCGACCCUGGAGCCCCUGAGAAACCUACAUCGUUUGAAGAGUCUUGACCUUUUCAACUGCGAGGUCACAACCCUGGAUGACUACAGGGGCAGUGUGUUUAAGCUCCUUCCACAAAUCACCUACCUGGAUGGGUAUGACCCCGAUGACCGAGAGGUAUCGGACUCGGACGCAGAGGGAUGUGAGGAAGAGGAAGAUGAAGUAAACUCUGAAGGAGAGGAAGAGGAGGGUGAUGAAGAUGGAGAAGAGGACUGUGAUGAGGAGGAUGAUGAGGAUGACGGCGCUGAGGAGGAAGAUGUGAGUGGAGAAGAGGAGGAGGACUCUGGUCAGGAGGAAGAGCUAGAUGAAGAGGAUGAAAAUGAUGAGGAGGAAACCAAAGGAGUAAAGAGGAAACGAGACCCACAUGAUGAAGAGGAGGGUGAGGAGGAAGAUGAAGACUGAUGCCCAUGUACCAUCUGCCAUAACGUGAGCGAGAGAGCAAGAGAACAUUUGACAGGUGUUCAGUUUGAAUGCAGCUCUCCACUGGGGUAUUAAUACCAUUGGAGUCUGUCUGGGUUAUGUGUGGAGUUCUGUUUUUUCUUUUUUAAUACUUGAUUCUAUAUUUCAGUGAGUUUUUAUUUUAAAAAAGAAUUUUGAAGUCUUAAGAGCAGACUGAAGCUCUGCUGCCUUUUACUUCUUAAUGACUUGAACAUUGUUACUUUUUCUACAUAUGAAAUCAAAUGCAAACUUUGUAAAUAAAAUCUUUUUUCUAGUA